AUGAUGGCAGCGCCUAAUUCCUUUGCGUUUUCUGACCAGCAGCGAUUUGCUUGGCAGGCCAACCAGGCGCCUCCCGCUGCCCACCCUUCUUCCGCCGCGACGGCUUUUCCGCAGAAUGCGUUUAGUCAGUCCCAGCAGCUGCGACCUCGCCACACUCCUAACUCUUCCGCCGGAAUUCCGCCCCAGGGCGUGCCGGUGGAAGGCGCGGGAACGCAGCCCGUCGGGGCGCUCUCCCGAGGUGAGGGGAUGGUUGGUGCUCCGGCAGUCUGGAGUUCACCCUUUGGGGCAGUUCCUCGAGCGGACUCUGGGACAGAAGCGCUUUCGGCCACUCAGAAUGCAGGCCGAAUUCAGCCACUCGGCCAGGUGGGGAGACAGGAUGAAGGGAUCGGUUCGGUCCCAGAAGGGAGUACGGACGUGCAGAAAGCGAUGAUGCAGAUGAUGUUCAACACGGUUGCAGACAACUUGUCGACGCAGGCUGCUUCUCAGGUGUCGCAGCUUCAAAAGUGGUUUCCCUCCGCGAUCGCGGUUCUGCGCCCCUAUUUCAGUGUCAGUCAGACCCAAGUCCGGCAACGCCUUGUCCAGCUGCUCUUCCCGUUUCUCUCGCUCUGGCGGUCUGCCCCGGCCGAGGGGCGAGCGCUGUCGACCAAAGAUAUCGACGGCGAGAGUUCCCAGGCCGCCCUAAGCGCGCUCCCUCGAGACCUGUACACGCCUCUCAUGGCUUUAGUGACGUACGUUCUCCUCUACGCCUUGACAAGAGGCGCAGCGAACGAUUUCCGACCCGAGCUGCUAGGCAGCACGGCCUCCGUCGCCUUGCUUCUCCUCGUCGCGGAAGUUGUGGUGGCGAAAGUCGCCUUCUACGUCACGGGAGCAGGCGUCUCUACACUCGACCUUUUCUCCUUCUGCGGGUACAAAUAUGUGCACCUGGCACUCCUCAUUGCGUUUCGGCUCUUCCUCAACGUGCUAGCAAGCGUGGAAGUCUCUCCCGCGGCGCAUUCCAACGCAACCGGCGCCGUCGGACCCGCAGGCCUCGUUGACGGGACAGCAGAGCUCCCCGAAGGCGACGCUGCGGGGAUACCCUCUGGUACCCCAGAUUCACUCGCGUCUUCCGGCGGCGAAUCUGGGGACGGUCGGGGAAGAGGCCCUGGACUGCUAGACGGCGGCGGGCUUUGGGGGAUUUUCACGGCUGUUUACGUCUACCUGUUUGCGUGUGCCGCGGCGGAACUUUUCGUGCUCUUGCGGGGAGCGACGACGCGCUGCUUCCAGGAAAGCGAGGCAGCCGGUGGAUGGCAAGUCAGCCGCGACUCGAGUCGCCAGGCGGGACCAAAGUCUGUCAUUUUCGCUCUGGCCCUGCUUCAGUUGCCCCUAUGCUGGCUGCUGACGCCGUCCUUUUCUGUCGUGAAACAACCGUAA